CACAGCUGCAAGAUAUUGGGCACAGAACUGGGCACGCACAUGGGCCGAGCUCCUCACCUGCUUCUGUGGCAGGUGCGGCGAAAUUCACUGGGCCGCUUUUCAUUCGGAUUCAUGUGCAAUUUCUUGGGUAUUAUAGCUCUCUUCAAUGUCUUCAAAUCGCAGUCGUUUUCGACUGCCCCACUUAAUUGAGCAAAG